GACCCAUCGGUGCCGAACACUGAGAAGGUGGACAGCGGCAAAGGAGUUCCGCCGCUUGCUCUUCUGCAGCGCUCCAAUGAUACUCAGAUGAGGGACGUCUUCAAGCUCCUUCGCAGCUCCACUUCUGUGAUCCAGUGGUACUUGGAGCAGCUGACCUUCCCAAAGUACAUGAGGUUCCAGAACAAGAAGCUUUCGGCAAGUGGACAGGAGCUUGGGGCCGAGAUGCUCUUCGCCCGUCGCGUCGGCUUCAGCGGCACCCCAACCGAGUUGCUUCCCAAGGGCCUUGGCCGCUGCCACUUCGCGCCGGGUGAUGACGCUGCGAUGUUUACGACCCUGACCGAUCCGGUGGUCAUGAGCUUCAAGCAGAUCGACGGCCAGUGGAAAGUGAACACUCUGCUGGAGAACGUGGUAGCUGAGGACGUAGAGGCCCUCAUCGACACCGGGGCCUUGAUCACGGGCAUGUCAAACCUGGAGGUGGCACAGUUCUUGGCCGGCCACAAAGAUUUCAAGAAGUCGGCUGUUGUGUACCUGAACGAAGCCGAUGCAAAGAUGGUAUACGUUCGCAAGACGAAAUCCACGAUGAAGCUCGAGGACUGCGGCAUUCCCUUGUCCGAGCGCUUCGCUUUCUACGACCAGGUGCACACUACGGGCAUGGACAUCCAGCACAAGCCGGAUGCACGCGCCGUGCUCACCUUGGGCAAGGACAUGGUUUGGAGGGACUACUGCCAGGGUGCCUACCGCAUGCGUGGCAUCAAUCGUGGCCAACGCGUCGUGGUCUAUGCCAUUCCGGAGGUCGCGAAGCUCAUCGACACGUCCCUUGUGGGUGUGAAUCUCAAUGCUGAGCCGCUGAGGGUUCCUCUCGUGCGCGUGGUGGCCUGGCUGGUGCUGAACGGGCUCCGCUCCGAGCGUGUCCAAGCCGGGAUGCUGAGGUCUCAAGACUCUCACACGCUGUGGCGAAGGCCGGCAUAUGCCUGGCUGCAAGAGCACUCGGAGGAGGCCAGUGGCGAGGAGGCGAAGAAGCAUCUUGACGUGUUCGAGGAGCCCCUCGACUUAGAUCUGGCGUCGACCAUUCCGAGGCCCAAGAGCCUGGCAGAAGCCAUUGAGGAGCGAGCCAAGGACAAGGAAUGGCUGCUCGGCAAGGAGCAGCUGGCAGAGCUCCAGCGCCUGGUUGGCGUCUCCGCGGAGUCGGAGCAGGUGACUGUCAGCACUGCAGACCAGGAGCAGCAGCAAGAGCAGGAGCAGGAGCAGGAACAGGAACAGGAGAUCGAGAUUGAGAAGUUCGCAGACCUAGGCUUCCAGCGAGACGGAGAACGGCCGCUGUCUUGGAGCUACGAACUCCUUACGCAGGGCCGCGAGGCUGCGGUCGGCCUGGAUCGUGAGCGACCCUUCUACGAGGCCAAGAACUUCCAGCUGUACAAGAAGCAGCCCUUGAACUUCCCGGAAGAUUUGCUUCUCAGCCGGAACUACUUCAACCGCUAUUGGCUGGGCCAUCGUCGGCUGAAGAAUGCCGUGAUGAUGUUGGAGUGGAUCCCUCGUGUUGGCGAGCUCAAGGAACAAGCGCGUGAGGCCUGGACUAGCGAAGAGGAGGCGCAGCUUCUGGACAUCUGGAGCGUGCUGACCAAGGACACUGCCAAGGACAAGCCGACAGACCAGGUGAAACGGGCCACCGGGAGCAUCAAUGGGGCGGUCCUGAAGGACCUGCAGAGUGCGCUCCAUGGGCUCCCAGAGCCCACGCGCUUCGCUGCCUUCCUUGCGGACUUGGCAAACCACGGCGCGGAGUUGACUUCAGAGCAGUCGCAGGGGUCCUCCGAGGAGGAAGAGCUGCGGAAACGGCAGGCGAAUUUCGCCUGCUUCCGGUCGCUGCUGGGAAACCAUCGAAAUCCGCCCCUCGAGGCCGGGCGUCUCUACAUCCUCCUCAGCCUAGCAGAGGCGGAGACGUUGCGCAAAGUGCUGCACGCUAGGGCAACCGAGAAGCCAGAAGGUUAUGCUUUGUCACUGCGCUUCGUAGGCCACGGCGGCCGGCGGCUUGACUCCACUGCGCCGCCCUACCCAGACCCCCAGGACCACCAGCUCUUCUUGGCCAUCCAGACGGCCCGAUUCUUGGACUGUCAGACCUACUUCGAGGAGUACUGCAUCCCGCUGAUUCUCCGUGGCCUAGCACGCGAUGCCGCCUAUAGGAUGCAGGAGCUCUGCCCUCUUUGUUAUGAGUGGGUCGAUCCGAUAUGGAGACACCCACCAGAUGAGCCUUGCAACCACGACCGAAAGCACUGCAGAGACUGUUUGCCAGAGCUAGAGAACCAGAUGCAGUGUGACGAGCUGUGUCGUGCAUUGCAGCGCACGGUGCAGUAUCGGUGCGAGGCGGAGCUGCGCUUGAUGCUCGAAUCCCCGGGGCUCCUGGGCCUCGACGCCGAGUGGGCCGACGCGCGCGGCAAAGUAGCGCUCCUGCAGCUGGCGAGCCGAUCGAGGGGGUGCCUCCUCAUGCGGAUGCCAAUGCUGGAGACCUUGCCAGCCAGUCUUGCAGAGCUCCUGCUGCGAGAGGAUUUCCUGAAGGUCGGCGUGGGCAUCGCCCAGGACCUGCGGCUCCUUUCCGAGCAGUUCGGGCUGCAAAGUCGAGGAGCUGUAGAUCUCCAGCCGCUGGCUGUGCGCCAUGACGAAGGCGACGGAGGCCUCGGCUUGGGUGCUCUUUGUUGGGCGAUGCUUCGGAAGAAGCUGGACAAGCGGAUCGAGCUGAGACGAUCGGAUUGGACAGGACCUCUCAACGACGAGCAGGUGCAGUACGCUGCAUGUGAUGCCUUCGUGGCUGUUGAAAUUAUGGAGGAGAUGCAUGCUCGACAUUGCGCACCACCCACAACGACUCGCGAAUGGUGCAGCGACCUCAUCGACAAGCUGCCCAAAGGAGGCUUGCAGCCCCGGCGCACGGGGCCAAAGAAGCCUCCGAAGGCUGUCGUGCACGCCCCAAAGCGCCAGACCUUGUUGUACGGCGGGAUCAAGCUCCUCUCCCCGAAAGGCCUUCACCUUGCGAACGUCUCCCAUGCCAAAGCUGCAUGGUACGUCAAAAUGGGCCUUGCGCACAACGUGGAAGGCGCUUCUUCAGAGGUGCUGAGCACGGUGAAACUGAACUUCGAGCCGAAGGGCGUCGGCCAUGCGGGAGAUGCCUUCUAUCUGCAGGUCAUGGAGAACCAGUGCGUUGGCUGCGGAGCCAAGGACCACCUGGUUCGCUUCUCCAUCGUGCCUCACGUUUUCCGCGCGUUGCUUCCACGGCGCUUCAAGGAGCACUCGAGUCAUGACAUCGUCCUGCUUUGCCACAGCUGUUACAUUCCAGCCUCGACCGCAUCCCAGAACCGCCGCCAGCGUUUGCUGGCGGAUGCUGGGCAGCGCGACGCCUCGGCACCCGGGGUCAAAGGACGCUUCAGGGUGGACGAGUGCAAGCUGCGUGCGCGUGGGGCCGCCGCUGCUCUGCGCCACGCGUUGCCGAACGAGGUGCGCAAGGAGAAGGAAGGCAUCCUUCGAGGCUUCCUCGGCAAACUGCCAGGUGAAGCCUUGACGAAGGAAGAAGUCGAGCAAGUCAGGGUUCUUGAUGUGAAGGAAGCAGUUGAUGGCUACGUCUCGCCGGAGGUGGCCUGCGCCAAUCACCUGCGGAUCACGGAGGCAAGCACGGAGGAUGCGGAAACUUCGGAAGCAAGGUGCUUCCAGUUUGUCUUGGACUGGCGGCAGACUUUUCUGGACAGUGUGCAGCCCCAAUACCUCCCAGCAGGGUGGGACUUACACCGCAGCAUCCGAAAGCACGACGACCUCUUCGGUGUCGGACAAGUCGGCCCAGCUGCAGAGGAAGCCAGUCUCAGCGUGACGUUACGGGAGGCUCUGAGCGGCCUCGCACUUACAAAGGAUGGGAGGUAUGCAUCCGUUGCAGAGGCUGCCGCGCAACAGAACCCUCAGGCGGUCGUCGAGAUGCUGUCCCAAGGAUACAGAGCAGAGGAUCAGGACUCGGACGGCAACACAGCUCUCCACUAUGCUGUAUGGUUCAGGCUAGACUCACUCCUUACCCCGUUACUGGAAAGAGGGGCGCGACCUGACAUUCCCAAUAAUUCCGGAGAAUGUGCAAUACACUGGGCCGCGAACUCUUCCAAUGUCAUAGCUUUGGACGUGAUUACCAGGGCCAACCGUGCUCUCCUCUCGAUCCGCGACUAUGAUGGCUUCACUGCCUUCCUGUUGUCCGCACAGUCCGACAACAGCCCCGUGAUGGAGUGGCUGUACCUCAAAGGUGUCAGCUUGGAAGAGCAGGAUGACUGCGGCAGAACUGCCCUGCUAUGGGCUUGCCACAGGGGGAACAAGAAGACAGUCCAGUGGUUGCUCUCGCGAUCUGCCAGUAUUGCUCACCGAGACCGAGAAGGCAUGACUGCACUUCACCACGCAGCCCUGCAAGGGCACACGCUGGUCGCAGAAAUGCUCAUGGAAGUGGGGGCUGUGCACCUCUUAGACGUCCCAGAUAGCGCUGGUGAAACCCCGAUUGAACUCGCCAUGCAUAAAGGGAAGAGGCACCUGGUGCUUGACUUCCACAAGUGCCAGGUCUUCAACUUUCUGUUUGGCCGGCCAUACCUUUUCCAGACGAACUACGCAGGUCUCUUCCUCUGUUGCGUUGUUUACAACAUCAUCAUUUUUGCCUUUGUCAUAGCACCGGGAAUUGCUGCUAGAAAUCCAGAAGCCGUCCUGAUUUGGUCGAUGCUAAUGGGUUUGUCGCUGCUGCUCUGGGUGCUAUGCCUCUUCUCGGAUCCCGGCUGGCUUCAGCCACCCACCAUAAACUCACAGAAACACCUGCUGGGCAAAGACCCAGCAGGAGCAUUUGAUGUUGAUCAGCCGAUCGAGUCGCAGAUGGCUCGCUGCGACAGCGUUCUUCAGCAGCUGACCUGGACAUGCGACGGCGAGGUCCCGCAGGUCACGAAGCUGGAGCUAGAGCAGAACAAGUACAACUAUCAGAGGCAUCUCCUGCUUGAAGCACGGAAGCGAUUCAAAGAAGGCUGUGGCCUCGGCGAUCCUCGAAGCCCAGCCUUGGGCGAAUCGCAGCCCUUGAUCGCCUCAAGUUUCAAUGACAGCGGGUCCAGGCAGGCCCAGUUGGAGCGAGCAACGGUAGCCCUACAGGAGCGUGAACGUGCUGCAGUAGAGAAUCUAGGCCGCGCAAGAGUGGAGCACUUGCUUUCACAAGGAUCUGGCGAGUAUCUGACCUUGGUGGAGAAGGGCAACUUCAAGAAGGUCUGCAUCAUCUGCCGCACGGUGCGCACAUUUCGCUCCCACCAUUGCAAAGAGCAAGGUCGAUGCGUCGAGCGAAUGGACCAUUACUGCCCUUGGAUAGACAACAGCGUAGGUUUGGGCAACCAAAGAUCAUUCUUCCUGUUCAUCACCGCGCUUCUUUCCGCCCUCCUCUACUUCUACUACACAGUCUUUCUUUAUGCUUUCGACACGGUUUUUCCAGAAAUCUCUCGAGGCUCCUUCGCUGAGCUUUUGGAAUCCCUGACAAGUGGAUCCCUGGGAGCAGAGUUGCAAGCAUUUGUGGUUCUGAUUACGGCUGCGUUUGACGCAGUUUGGGUUUGCUUCGUCGGAAUGCUGGUGGUCAGGACCACUGCCAACAUGAUGGUGAACCUCACAGCCUACGAAGUCUUGGUCAGACCCAGCCAUGUGUUGCGACGCUUUCCCAAAACUCGAGGAGAGUACUGGUACCUCCAAGAUCUCGGAAUCAGAUCUGCGUUCUACAACUCGAUGCGCUUCUGGACAUUAGAUGACAGCGGUGAUGCGGCGGCUUUCCGUAGAACUCAAGAGGUGCAAGGCAAGCCUUCUCACUUCAUGGAAGAGCCUUGA